CUAAUAUCUCACUUCUAUGGGCAUCGUUGGGCAUUUCUUCUGUUAUAUCCCAGCAUCUUUUCUGUUCCUACCCGUGGCAUUCUGCUUCUCUCCUCUUUAUCCGUCCUCCAUCUUCCAUCCUCCAUUUUCCAUCUCCAUCUCCAUCCACCACCAGCUUCCACACCAACAAGAAGCACACGCUCACAACAGCCAACAAACCACAUCUAAGCAAUAAGAACCCUCCAUACAGAUUCAACAUGCCUAU